UGGCGGCUGAUAUCAAGCUUUACCGCCAGAGAUGUGUUACAGCACAGCGAUUGGAUGAUCGAUGGUUCCACCAUGAUGAUUGCGAGGCAAAACAAGCGUUUCGUUGGGAUUGUGUCAAAGGGUUAAUCUACUGGAGGAAUGAAUCUACGCAGUAGUUAGUGCAUGUAAACUGGGCAGUUGUCAUAAAUUUUCACGAAGUUACGUUAUCAAAUGGAUGUCCUUUGGAGGAAGUUGUAACUUCACGACCCAUGGGGAUUUGAGAUUGUGGGUGCGUGAUACGUCCGGGCGACCACACAAAUUGCGAGUUAUGCUUACAAGUAAAAGUAAAAGUUUCUCAAGCCUGAUGUAGUACCACUCAUUAGAAGAGAGGCCAGUAAGAAUUAGUUAUGGGGUCUGGGAGUUCUAUCACGAAAAAAGUGAUCGUGGACGAUGAAUUUAGCGAGGGAGAUUCCAUGGUGACCAAGAAUAUUCCCAUCGAAUGUCCGCCUGGACGAAAAACUACAUCGCUUAAACCCAGUGGCUCGAUUGGUAAGAAAAAGAGUAGAAGAAGCACAAAGGCAAAGCCAGUUAUUAAAAGCUUUAGUCUCCGCUCUGCAUUUUCUGUGGAGCUAGAGAGAGAAGCUGAUGAACUCCGUAAAGAGCUUGAAAUUUAUCGACAGAAUAAAGCUACAGAAAUUGCCGAACUUGAAGUUAGAAAGGAGAAAUUGCACAGCGAUAACCAGCGGCUUCGUGGCGAGAUCAAAGCUUUACAAGCCACUUGUUUAAAGUUAAAGAACGAAAGGGCUAUGGCAUUGGAAGGAAGGGAUCAAGCGCUUCAGAGAGCUGCAGCAUUUGAGAAAGAGCGGGACAAGGUUCAGCGGCAGUUCAAAAUCUUCAGAGAAUCCAGAGAACGUGAAAUCCAAGAUGUACUACAAGCAAAGCGUGACCUUGAACUGCAGUUUCAGCAGUGUUUGUCAGUAUGGUCCCGAGAUGAAAACAGGUCAGAAAUUAUGGGCAACAUGGCCACAGACUGGUGGGCAUCAUCUUUAGAGAGUGACCCAAGUAUUGACAGUUUAACACAAGUGACAUCUUUUCGGGGACCUGAGUUCUUUCACAGUCCAUUGGAGAAAGAAGGACCUUUCACAAACAUCAGUAGAGAUGAUUGGAAUGCAGUUGUACCCUCUGUUCUGCAGCUUGCAUCACUAAGUCUUCAAGCCCCAGUCCAGCAGCAAACAAUUAAAAUGUACAUAUCUGCACCAAGUGGCAUGCAACAGGAAGUGGAUCUUUUCAAGCAGUUAUAUGUUCCCAAGCUUGAGUGGUUUUGUGAAAGUCAUGGAAAGUUCCUGGUAGUUGUUCAUUUGGAGGAAACAGAGGAAGACUUAAAUGAAGAGGAUGUGGUGACGAUGGUCCAGAUGAGAAGAAAGCAAAUCAAGGAGAGUAAGGUGUUUGUUGCAUUUUUGGGUGGAAAAUCAAACAGUUUUACUUAUGAAGAGUUCCACGAAGCACACUUGAGGAACCCUGGAAAAUGCCAUGCCUUCUUCUGUUUCAAGGACCCAGACUGGGAUAAUAAUCCAUCUCUGAAAGAUGAAAGUAUUUUUCUGGCAGAGCAGUUGAAGACAGAAAUCAGGAAAACCGAGGACAUGAAGCUGUUUGACAACUAUGAGACAGCAGAAAAAGGAGCAGAGCUUGUGUACAGAGAGCUUAAGAAACUCUUAGGCAAGGAACUUGGCUUAUUAGAUGAUCAUUCAUCAGUUGUUGACACUCACUUUCUUGAUGGUUCUUCUUGGGAUAUGGCUGAAGACUGGGAACAAGUUGAAACAUUGAAAGCUGCUGCAGAAUGCUCCUGUGAAAUGGGACUAGGACUCAGUAAAUUCUACAGCGACCUCAAUGAACAUGUCUCCAGUGCAGGACUGAAAGCUCCAAUGCUUGUUAAGGGUGAUGCUGGUUUUGGAAAAUCACUUCUCCUGGCAAAAUGGAUAGCUCUUCAACAAAGCAGCUUGUCUGGACGGCUGGUGUUGUAUCAUUUUGUUGGAUCGUCAUCAUCAUCCAGUGCUAAUUCAAUUCUGAUGAUACGCAGGUUUACUGUGCAGUUGAUGAAGCAGUUGGCAUCAUCACGCACAGUGCCAUGCGACCCAGUCCAUUUGGAAGAAGAGUUUCCACGAUGGCUGGAGAAAGCUGCCUCCAAAGUCCACGGAGGCAUCACCAUAGUGAUUGAUUCAGCUGAUAAACUACAAGGUGCACCAAAUCACAUGCAGUGGUUGUUAGAUCCUUUGCCUGUUGGUGCAAGAGUUAUUUUAUCAGUGACAGAAAACACUUGCCCCAUGGCCUGGAGGCCAUGGUCAUCGCUGGAACUUCAGCCCUUGGAUUUCAAAGGCAGUGUUGAAUUGUUAGCUUCUUCUUUAAACAAGCAAGCUGUUAAUGUACCUCAAGAACAGGUCAGCAGAAUGCUUCAUAAUUCCCCAUCUGAGGACAAAUUUAAUCCAAGAUUUCUAACUCUACUGGCUGCAGAGAUGGCCCAAUGUGAAGAUACGAAAGUUUUGUUUGACCACUUUGCAGACUGUUUAUCUCAAAAGAACACUGUUGACCUUUUAUGUCACAUUUUGAGCCGCAUUAAGAAACAGUUCAGUCAUAUUUUGUUUGAAUGGAAACUGAGAAGGGUAUUUCUUCAUAUCUUGUUGGCUCGUAAUGGGAUCAGUGAGUGUGAGUUAUUGAAGAUUGUACCAAUAAAAUGGUCCGAGUGGUUACUACUGUCUCAAACCCUACAUCUUAGCUGUAUUGUCGUAACAAGAAUGGGCCUUCUGACCUUUGCAAACAAACAGGUAAUAAGAGCUGUCAAUGAAACGUUCUUAUUUGAAGAAAACUCGCAAGAGAUCGAGGAAACGCAGGAAUCUUUCAUGAAAUUAUUCGAGGAAAAGCUAAGUGUUAACCAUAUAUGUUGGAGGUUGACUGACGAAUUACUUUGGAGUUUGAAAAAAUCUUGCAAGAAAGAAAAGCUGACAGAAUGUCUUCUGAAUCCAACUGUCUUCAAAGUGUUUUUUGAAAGGGGCCGCAUAUCUGAGCUGAUAAGUUAUUGGGAAUACUUGGGAGUAGAUCAGACCUCGGUGGGGAAGAAUUACGUUGAUGUGAUAAAACAGGUAGAAACUGAGAACGAAAUGACGGAGGAAACUGCUGAGAUAUUUGAGGUUGUUGGUCUGUUUCUGAAAUGUUUGGGGCUUCUCAGUCAGGCUGCUCCACUGCUGCAACGAGCCUUGGAAAUCCGAGAAACAGUGCUCGACCCAGACCACCCGCUUGUGGCGCAGUCUUUGCACCAUCUGGCUGGUUUGAAUGCCCAGUGGGGAAAGUUUAGCCCAGCUGAAGCAUUCUUCAAACAUGCGGUAGAAAUAAAGGAAAAUGCUCUUGGCAGAGAUCACCCCUCUCUGAUUAAGGAUUUAGAGGGUUUGGCUAUUUUGUACAAAAAACAGGAGAAGCAUGCUAUGGCAGAGUCUCUUCGUAAACAGGCAGAGGGUAUCAAGCAGAAGGCAAACUCGUCAGUUGAUUUGAGUGACUUGAAAAAGAAGACCCUGCAAGUGGAAAAACUCGCUCGUGGAUCACCAAGCGCUGAACUGGCUCGAUCGCUCAAUGAACUUGGAGUUUUGUACUUCCUUCAGAAUAAUCAUGAAGCGGCCAGUUCAUUCUUCCAGCGUUCUCUAGAGAUGCGCGAGGCAGUUCUUAGUCCCGAUCACCCGGAUGUGGCCCAAUCUCUGCAUAACUUGGCAGCCUUGUACAAUGACCAAAAGUUGUUUGAAAAGGCCGAGCCUCUCUAUUCAAGAGCUUAUCAAAUAAGAUUAAAGGCCUUUCCUCCACAUCAUGGAAGUGUAGCAUCUACAAUUAAACACUUAGCUGUUCUUUACCGAAAGCAGGGUAAAUAUUCUUCAGCAGAGCCGUUAUACAGACAAGACUUGGAAAUUCGAGAGAAGACAUUCGGUAAAUCGCAUCCAAGCGUUGCCACAGCUUUAAACAACCUUGCUGUUGUUUUAUGUCUUCAGGACCGACAGUCAGAGGCGUUACCACUGUAUGAGCGAGCUUUACACAUCUAUGAAGACACACUGGGUGGAUCACACCCACGAGUUGCCGAGACACUUGUCAACCUUGCCAAGUUAUCUUACGACCUGGGAUAUCCAGAGAAAGCUGCCCAGUUAUAUAAACGAGCAAACGACAUAAGACAGAACGAACCACAACCUGGUCUCUCUCCUCGCUCUUCCUGCAGCCAGCUUAGCAACCACUACUUACGAAAACACUCCCAACGGCACGACAGUGUAUCAAGAGUGAUAUCAUUAUCCAAUGGUUGAAAGUUCACUGUUGGAGCGUUUCUCUAUGACUUUCUAUAGUAGUGGUUUCUAUUCCUUUAUUAGAGGUGUUACGGGUUAUUUUUUAGCUAAUCAUAGGGGAGAUUCUAACGUGGGGUACCAAUCAGAUAAAUAUUUGUUGUAGUUGUGCGCAGUUUUCUCUGCUUAAUUUAACGCAGUCUCCACUUUGUCAGGGCUGUGAUUUCGCGCAGUUUCUCUACUUAACACAAUUUUUUCUUCAAUUCUCACUUAAGGCGUGGAAAAUUCCAUUUUAUUUGUCUUUAUCAGCUCGAGGUCACCAAUUAAACCAAGGGUAAUGGUUACAGUUGGUUUAAUUUGGCAGUCACAUGUGAUAGUGUAGUGUUGUGAUAAGCCAAGUACAAAAACUGAAAACUCCUCGUUAAGAUCUUCGCGAGUUAAUUUACUGCUGCGUCUUCUUUACUUGGCAGGAAAGUAUCACUGACAGCACUUUUCAAUUGAGUGUCGUAAAACUAAAACCGCGAUGGAGGAGGAAAAUACUUUUAAGAGCCAAUAAAGUAAAAACGCCAAAGUAAAAACAACGAACUGCCAAAAGCGCGGGAAAAUGUGGGUGACCAAGUCGUGAUUGGUUUUAGUUUUGCAUUUGAUUGGUUGAUAGAUUGGCACGAAUUUUCUGGACGAAUCGCUGUGAAGUAAAUAAAAAGCAAAGCAAUAUAUAUCAAAAUAUUAAAGGGAUCCUCCACUGUUUUCGAAAAUAUCGCUUAAAAUGCUCUUUAAGUGUCCAAAAGUAGAUUUUUCGGACAGAAAAAUCUCCUCUCCCCUUAGAUUUUUCGUUUUGGCCUCUCAAAAGAGGCUCUCGUGACCAGUUCGAACGUCCCGCGAUCGCCAUUUUGAUGGGCGCGCACGGCCCUCUGGGGUGAUGACGUAAAAUGGUUGCUCGAUUCCCUUGCCCUCGCUAAAAUUGGUAGCAAAAUGCCGCAUUGCGUUGCUUUUUGGUGUGGUAUUCAAGCUAAAAACAGGAAAAACGAUCCCAAAAUUCGUUUCCACAAUUUUCUGAAUGAUGCAGCGAUUCCACGAGUUUCGAUUCAUGCUGUUGGAAGGACAUCCUUAUCGAAUCGCUGCGUCAUCUCCCCAGAGAGCCUUGCGCGCCGAUCAAAAUGGCGAUCGUGGGACGUUCUAACUGGUCAUGAAGGCCUCUUUUGAGAGGCCAAAACGAAAAAUCUAAGGGGAGAGAAAAUUUUUCUGUCCGAAAAAUCUACUUUUGCACACUUAAAGAGCAUUUUAAGCGAUAUUUUCGAAAACAGUGGAGGAUCCCUUUAACAAAUAAAAAAUAAAAAUAAUGUCUUGAUUUACUAGCAUGGAUUCUGCCAACUUAAAUUAACAAACUCUUGCCUCAGUUAAAAAAAAAUCACUUUAGACUCAAAGCAAUUCCAAGCAUAUACCACGUCGACAAACUUCACAAAAAGCUUUCUACUACUGCGGCUGACGAGCGCACUACCUUCGUAAACUAUUGUAUAUGAAUAAUAUAUCCACCAAAGAUUCAGGCAGAAGAAGGUUUCUGCUUGAGUUUCUUUUAAAUCUCUUUACCAGAAGGUUCAUUUAUUACUCAAUGUAUUUGUAAGAGAGUUAUUUAAUAUACAAGUGCAACGUGCUUCUUUCAGCUGGUCCAUUUCAUCUUAGAAGCAUUCGGAAAAAACUAUUUUGACAUUUUUUAAAGAAGAUAUUAUAGGGUUAAGAACAGAUUAAUGACUUCCUAUCGAAGACAUUUUAUAGUAUAUAUUAAUAAAGUUCUAUACAUGGAAAUAAAGCCAAAGUUGAGAAA